UACUGUUUGUCAUUCGCAGUAUACGCCUUUAUUGUUCUUUACCGCAUCAGCGUUUUGUAAUUAUGCCAUACGCUGGUAAUGAGGCCCUUGGUGCUGCUGCAUUUGUACAGAUUCCCCCACAUUGGGCUCGCGAAUACGAGGAAGAUGAGGAAUGUACUAGGCAAUGUGAGACACAUCGUGUUCAAAUGGGACUGUCAUCGGUAGUGGUAGACCCUCUGACACCACGCCUAAUUAUUACGGAGGACGAAGAAGCAGCGCUAUACUGUACACUAGACAGAUCUCCGAUCCUGUAAUACAUAACCCAAUCGAAAAGCC